AUUAUCAAAAACUAUACUUUAUUUAUAAUUUUAGCUUCCAUUAUAUUAGUUCCCGUCAAUAUAAUGAUUUUUAGAAAAAGCUUAACCAUUAUAAUUGAGUGAAAAAUAAUAUCAAUAAAAAGAAGAGAAGUAAGCAUAUUCUUUUUACUAGAUGAAAGAUCCUCAGCAUUUGUUCUCACAGUAAUAAUAGUAACAACUAGAAUUUUAAUAUAUUCAAGGUUUUAUAUUGAAAAAAAAAAAAAAAUAUUUGCAAAAAUCUUAGUUACAUUUAUAAUUUCUAUGUUAAUAAUAAUUCUAAGACCAAAUAUGAUAUCAUUAGUUAUAAGAUGAGAAGGACUGGGAAUAACCUCUUUUGUCUUAAUUAUAUACUACCAAAAUAAGAAAUCAGUGAUAAGAAGUUUUUAUACUAUGAUAAUAAAUCGAGUUGGAGAUAUUACUUUAUUGUUAACAAUAAUAAUCCUAAUAGAUUCAGCUUCAUGAAUAUUUUUAUCAACAGAAUACUUAAAUCAUAGAAUAGUAUGAAUCAGAUUUCUAUCAAUCAGUACAUUUUCUAAAAGAGCUCAAAUGCCAUUUUCAUCCUGAUUGACAGAAGCCAUAGCAGCCCCCACCCCAGUUUCAGCCCUUGUUCAUUCUUCAACACUAGUUACAGCAGGGGUAUACCUAACAAUUCGAUUUAAAUCAUCCAUACUUAGGACAGGGAUAAAUCCCAUUAUUUUAACAGUAGCCAUAAUAACAUUAAUAAUAGCUAGCCUAAAUUCGUUAAUAGAAAUAGAUAUAAAAAAGCUUGUAGCCCUAUCUACUCUAAGUCAAAUCAGAAUUAUAUUUAUUUCUAUUUCAGCAAACCUAUAUUCAUUGGCUUUUUUUCAUAUAAUUGUACAUGCAACUUUUAAAGCUCUAAUUUUUCUAUGUAGAAGUACUUUUAUUUAUGUAAGUAAUACACAAGAUCUACGAAAACUAUCUUCAACUAGAUCAUAUAUAAUGGUAACAAAUAUUUCUUUCAAUGUAGCAAGGAUAAUUUUAUGUGCUCUCCCCUUUGUAUCUAGAUUUUACUCAAAAGAAAUCAUUAUGGAGAUGAUGAUAAUUAGAUCAAUUAAUAGACCUCUAACUUUAAUUUUUAUUACAUUAAUAAUAGUAACUUCAAGUUACUCGUUAAAAAUGAUGAUAAUUAUUAAUUUGAACAAAAUAUCUUUAAAUAUAAAGAUAAAGAAAGAAACAUAUAACCAAAAAAUAAGAAAAGUUUUACUUCUAAUCCCAUCUAUACUUUUAGGCAAUAAAUUAUCAUGGUUAAUAGAAUUAAAUAUAAACAUUGUGUACUUAUCUAUUACAGAAAAAUUAAUUGCCCCAGUCAUAAUUUUAACCAUAAUAAAAAUAAUAAAAGUUGAUAAAAGAUUUAAAAUUAAUAAACCCAACACAAGCGUAAAACAAAUAAUAAGAUAUAUAUGAUUUAUAAAAAAUUUAAACUUAAUAACCAAAAUAAACUUUAUAAAUCAAGGAGUUGUUAUACUAAAAACGAAUGAAAAGGGAGCUAUAACUAACCAAGUAAAAACCCUAAUUAAAUUUAUUUAUUUAGCAACAAAGUUAAUAUUUAAGAUUGGUAAAAUAAACUUAAAGGCUACAACUCUACUCAUAUUUAUUUUAAUAAUCAUUUUGAUUU